UUAGGAGCUUUAAUGUAUGACUUAAUUUGUUUCCAAAUUUUUUAAAGACUGGCCUAUAACGAAAUGAUUAUUAUAGAUAAGCUUACUAAUCUUCCCUGGACUGUUGCAUAGUGCCUGCAGUGAAGAGUUAGAGCAAAGAGCUUGUUCAAUUUUAAGCCAUUCAGGUUGUUCACAAGUUCCUUCUGUUGGAUCGUCUUUCCACCAAGAGAAUAUAUUCAAGUGCACCGCCCAAUAGUAUGCUUUAAAGAAAGGUAACCCAAAUCCCCCCUUCUCUUUAGAUUUAAAUAAGUGUUGUUUUUUAAUUCUUGCCGUUUUAUAAUUCCAUAAAAACUGAAUAGUUAUCUUGUCUAGUUGUUUAAAAUAGGAUUGUGGUAUACAUGAAGGGAUAGACUGAAAAAAGUGGAGGAAUCUUGGUAGGCUCACCAUCUUUACUGCAUUGAUUUUACCUACCAUUGAAAUUGGCAGUGUUCUCCAAUAGUCUAUAUUAUUUUUCAAUUGGUCGAUCCUCUUUUGCCAAUUGACUCUAAGUAGGUCUCUUGGGUUUUUAGUUAUUAUGACACCAAGAUAAGUAAAGGAGUUUUCUGCUAUCUUGAAUGGAGUGGAUUUUAAAUACUGCUUACAAGCAUUGGGCGUAAUAGUCAUCAGGUCACUUUUAUCCCAAUUAACAGUAAAGCCUGAUAUAUUCCCAAACCUUGUGAUUGAGGAAAGGAGAUGUGGAAUAGACUUACUGGGAUUUUUAAUAAACAACAGUAUAUCGUCUGCGUAGAGUGAAAUAUGUUGUGGGAGGCCACCUAUUGUAAUUGGCUGAAUAACUGUCUGUUGCCGGAUGUAUGCAGCCAAGGGCUCUAUCGCAACUGCAAAAAGAAAUGGGGACAGUGGACAACCCUGUCUUGUCCCUCUAUGUAUUGAGAAAGGAGCUGAAAUGUUAUGAUUAGUUACUACUGAGGCUUUUGGACGAGAAUAUAUUGUUUUUAUCCACUCUCUAAACAUGUGGCCAAAACCACAUCAUAUAUCCCCACUCUACUUGGUCGAAUGUCCUUUGUGCAUCCAAUGAAAUGACUGCAGCUUCUUCUUUAUAGUUUGAAUAUAAAACAUUGCACAAGCGACAUAGAUUAAAAUACAUAUGUCUGCCUGGCAUAAAGCCUGUCUGAUCCGGAUGUAUAAUAUCACAGAUAUGCUUCUUCAGUCUAUUUGCAAGGAUCUUCCCGAUUAUUUUGGUUUCAGUGGGUAGUAAAGAAAUUGGUCUGUAUGAUAACACCAACAGCCGGUCUCGACCUGGUUUAGGUAUAAGAACAAUAUUGGUGUCGUACAUAGAUGGGGGGAAAUGGCCAGUUUCCUGUGAAUGCUUAAACAUACGUACCAACAAUGGCAAAAUAACCUUACUAAAUCUUUUAUAAAAUUCUAUGCUGAACCCAUCAGGUCCAGGGGCCUUGUUAUUGGGGAACUCUUUAAUUGCAUUUUCCACCUCUUCAAUGCUUAUUUCAGCAUCCAGCAUCCUUAAAGCCUCUUCGCUUUAUUUUGGCAAGUGUAGUCCGUCCAAAAAAGUAUCAAUAUUUUUCUGGUCAGACUUGCCUAUGGAGGUAUAAACCUCAGCAUAAAAGUUUGCAAAAUUUAGGUUUAUUUCUUUUGGAUUGGUUAUUAUUUCCCCCUCUUUAUUCUUAAUUUGAUAUAUGGCACUAGAAGCUUCAUUGUCUUAGCUGCCGUGCCAAAAGAUUAUGGGGUUUAUCACCUAAUUCGUAGUAUCUCUGUUUAACCUUACAUAAUAAUUUUAGUACACUGCCAGAUAAAAAAGAAUUGUAUUCAUAUUUUAAUGCAAUAAUUUCUUUCAACAACAGUAUUUGGGCUAUUUUUGUGCAAGCUUUCUAAUCUGGUAAGGGCACUUUCUAUUUCAGUCAUUCUCAUCCUAAUUUUCUUCUUUUGAGCUAUCUCAAAUGCUAUUAUUUCCCCUCUAACAACGGCCUUCAUAGCUUCCCAUAAAUUUGAAUUAUGUACGUCACCAUUAUCAUUAAUUUCUAUAAAUUGCUCAAUCUUUUUUUUCCAGAUUUGUAUUAAAUGCUUCAUCCUUUAAAAGUGUGUUAUUUAAAUUCCAUCUAAAUUCUCCUCUUAAAUUAUCUAAUCUGAGGUCAACUGACUGGGGAGCAUGGUCUGAUAUUAUGAUAUUGCGACUUGCAUACAUUUGGUACUAAAUUUGAAUCCAGUAAGAAAAAAUCAAUGCGCAAAUAUGAUUUAUGCACAUGGGAAUAAAAAGAAAAGUCUCUGUCUGAAGGAUUAACACUAGAAGUCCCAGAGAUUUGUAACCCUCCUUUAGCCAAGUGGAUGCUAACUGGCUAGUCUUUUGGCUAUCAUUAGCAUCAAUUCAUGUGUAAAUAUGGUCAUUACCUGAGCAAUCUGCAGGGGGGUUGGGUGUGUGUGUGAGAAUGGUUGCUGGUGGCUUGUUUGUAUGUGUGGGGGAGGGAGGGCUGCUAAAAGCAGAGAACUUGAUUGACCAUGUCUCACAUUGGCAUGUAGGGUCUUGCCCAGGUGUAAACAGGUAUGAAUUAGCACAUCUAAUUGCAUGCAGCUUGCUCUCAAAUGAGAGGUAAUUCCUUUUGUGCUGAGGUGGAUAAAAUCUCACUGCACAUAGCCUACUACUUCAGUGCCCUCAAGAAUUCUGUGGUGUACGAACCUCCUCUCCAAGAAAAGAAAAUGCAGAGAAGACUCACCACUCGGCAGGCCUUGGAAAUGAUCCUGAGUGAAGUAAACCCUUGUGACUCAGAUGGAGAAGACAUAGAACUUCAGCUGGAUUCGGACUCAGAGCUGUCUGAUCUGUCUUCAGAUGAGGAGACUGCUCCUCAACCAAAAAAGAGAGCCCGUUUGGGGACUGACCUGACAGAGACAGCGAAAGAUGGCACAGUGUGGCAUGAAGAACAGGUGGGGACAUAUCUCCCUUUCACCCCAAUCAAAGCGUACGCUGCAGAUGGAGAGCCAACGGCUAAGGCCAGGAAAAGUAUCUUGAGUCGCCUUCAGAGCUUCCUGUGUUUCAUCACUCUUGACAUGCUUCAUAGCAUUCAAGAAUGGACUAUUCAACAUGCACAGGAAACGGAGCCUGUUCAUUGGUUCAUGGCCCUCCCUGAACUAAUGGUAUUUAUUGCAAUUGUCAUCUUGCGGGGGCUUACCAAGGUUCCAUCACUACGUGACUGCUGGUCAGCAAACCUGGGAAACCCACAUAUCAUUGGAACAAUGCCGCGAAACCGCUUCCAAGACAUCAUGCGACACCUACGCUUUGAUGACAGGUCCACCCGGAGUGAUCGAGCAAAGACUGAUAAGUUUGCUGCAAUUUCCAGUGUGUGGGGAUCAUUUGUCACCAAUUGCAUCACGUCCUACAACCCUGGUCUACAUAUCACCGUUGAUGAACAGCUUUUCCCGUCAAAGACUCGCUGCUGUUUCCUGCAGUAUAUUGCAACUAAACCUGACAAGUUUGGGAUCAAGUUUUGGGUGGCUUGCGACCUAAAAUCCAAGUACAUUUGUAAUGUCCUCCCAUAUCUUGGCAAGGACCCUAGUCGUCCCAGUGGAGAGAGACUGUCUGAAAAUGUAGUGAUGAGGCUGAUGGAACCAUUCCUAGACAAGGGCAGAAAUGUUACCACGGACAAUUUCUUAACCUCGCUGUCACUUGCGCAUAAACUUCUUAGCCGGAAAACCACCAUACUCGGCACAGUCAACAAGAUUCGCCGGGAAAUCCCUCAAUCCGCUAGACACACAGAUCGCAAUGAAUUCACCACUCAGGUGUUUUCAACCACUGCUGCUACGCUGACGGCGUAUGCGCCCAAACGGAAGAAGACUGUCUACAUUCUUAGCAGCAUGCACAGCGUGAUUCAGACUGAUAAUACCACCAAAAGGAAGCCAAACACUGUCACCCUUUACAACACCACAAAGUGCGGCGUGGAUGUGAUGGACCAGAUGGUGCGGGAGUACACUGUCCGCACAGGGACACGGCGCUGGCCACUUGCCGUGUUCUAUAACAUGAUUGACAUGGCAGCACUGAAUGCACAUGUGCUGUAUCAAGCAUGCACCGGAAGGCAGGAAAGACGGGUGGACUUCCUGGUGGAGCUUGCAAGAGUUGGCUAACUCUCAUAUGUGUGCGAAGAAGGCAAGAAAAGAACAAUUGCUUCGGACACAACCCUCCACACCUAGCCCUGGAAAAAGAGCCAUGUGUCAGGUCAAACACCAAUGCAAGAACAAUCAUGCCACUGUGCGACGUGUUCACUGCUACAGAUACACAUGUGGUAAAUGCAGACCGGAGAUACCAUGGCAGUGCCAGGAUUGUGAGUGAUUGCUGGAAUGUACUCACUCACUUUUUAAUAUUAUUUGUAAAUGUGUGUACAAAUGGUUGGUUUCUUUAUUUUAUUUUGUACUAUUUUUAUCAAUAAAUCUCAGCAACAAAGGAAAAAAAAACAUGUGUGUUGAUUUCUCCCUAAGAUGGCAAAGUGAAACACAAGUUUCCUUGAAGUGGCUAAGCAUGGCCCCACAUUGUUUACAUAACAAAAGCAACUGUUCACAGCUGAUUUAAGGAUAUUAGCCUAAAGCCUUCCAGCCCAUCGGCUGUCCUGCGGGUUUUAUAGGUAGAAAAGCCAAAUGGCUGCUCUCUGGGACUUCUAGUGUUAAGAAUUCUCCAAAUAUCUAUAAUGUUUAGGGAUUGCAUAUACUGUCUUAACAAUACAUUGGAUUUAGAUGCUGUGCUGGCAAUUUGACUUGGUUGUCUAUCAAGCACAUUGUCCAGCACACAAUUGAAAUCUCCAAUAAUUAAAUUUGAUUCAGAGGUAUUAGGGAUUAAUUUAAAUACUUUCUGGAAAAAGAGGGGGUCAUCAAAAUUUGGCGCAUAUAAAUUAACUAAAGUAAUUUGCUUUGAAUUUACCGAGCCCAAAACAAUAAUAUACUGACCAUUUAUAUCAGAGAUAGUCUUAUGGUGAACAAAUGGUACAUUCUUGCGUAUCAAAAUAGCCACACCCCUGGCUUUGGUAGAGAAUGUAGACUGAUACACCUGUGCAAUCCAAUUAGACUUUAAUUUAUUUUCAUUUCCCUUCUUCAGAUGUGUUUCUUGAAUAAAACCAAUAUCGGCUUUUAAAGUUUUAAGAUGUAAAAUAACCUUUCCACGUUUUACAGGGCUAUUAAUUCCCCUAACAUUCCAGCUGAUGAACCUAAUAUUGCUCAGUCUAUCACUGUGAUCUUUACUGUAAGUAUCAGUUGACAUUUAUGCAAUUACGAAAAGAGAAAAAAAAAAAUAAUUAUGAAACUGUACCAUAACCAAAACAGGAACAUUUGGACCUUCUUUAGAACAUAUAGGCUUAAACACAACCAACAAAAAACCCACACAAGACUUCCCUCCCUCCCACCCUAUGCUUCCAGGGAAGAGACUAAGAAACCUAGCUCCUCUCCCCCCCAUUCACCAUACACGAAAUCAAAACCUUACCAGCGACUGUAUAUUAGCCACCUACACUCCUCCGCAACUAUUCAAUAUACUGUCCGCUUUAAGGAUACAUAGUCAUCAAUAAUUGAGUCCAUAUUCUGAACCAAAGGAUUCCUCUCUGUGCAAAGUCUCUGCAAAGCUGCUCACUUCUUACACAGACACAUUAUUAGUUCCACUGUGAUCGCCUUGCUCUUCUCUCAUAGAUUUCCAGUUUGGAACAGUGGUCAUCAGAAACUUUUCCACAUCAGCAGGGUUUUCAAAUGUCUUAGUUUCCUCUCCUACUGUCACAAUGAGUUUUGCCGGGAAUUUGAAGCCGCAUCUUAUGUUUCUUUCCUUACAUUUAUUCCUCACGUCGUUAAAGUCCUGCCGCUUCUUCAUCGUUCCCGACGUCAAGUCCGGAUAGAUCUGCACUAUGUCACCUUUAAGACGAAGAGGAGCCUUCUGUCUUGCUAGGCGCAGCACGAGCUCUUUCACUUGGAGAUGGUGUAGUCUAGCAAUGAUAGCUCGUGGCCUGUUGCUGGUGGCUGGUUUCGCGCUUCUGUGAGCCAUGUCGAUUUGGAUUUCGGUUUAUCAAAGUUCUCACGCCCAAGCAACUCUGGAAGCAGUGAGCUGACGAACUCAGAGGGCUUACUAUUUUCUGUCUUCUCUUUGAUUCCCGUUAUGCGAAUAUUAUGUCUGCGAGAACGCGAUUCCAGAUCCUUUGCCUGAAUGAGAGCCGUCUCGGCUGCCAACUUAGCAUUUAGCCUCUCGAGGGAUUCAAUGCAGCCUUCGUGUGCCUGCACAGCGCCCUCCGUUUCUUCGACUCGAGCAGUCAUAUCAGUUAGUGCCGACGACAAAUUAGAGAGUCAGUUCACCCAGUCUUUGAUCCACCGUCUUAUUCAAAGCACUGAUUGCAGACAUAAGGUCUUCGUUUGUAGUUGGCGGAGAUUUAGCCUCAGCUUCACCCACGAUAGCCUCUGUAACUUUUUCACUCUCUUCUGCUCCUUUCUCCGGUUUCUUAACGUUAUUUGGCUUCGUUAUGUUGCACUAUAGAUCGUGAUACAUUCAGCUGCAAAGCACAAUUUAUUAAUCUGACUUAUUUAGGACAUUUUUAAGUAUUGAAGCAGAGCCGAGAAACACAGGUCUACUCCAUGUGCGUUCAAACCGGAAGCCCCAACCCAAGGCCAGUUAUGUUCUGUUCAAAAUUAUGUUUUGUUUGUCCAUUGGCUACGUUUACAUGCAACCAAAUAAUCAAUUAGUAAUCGGAUUGAUGGAUCAAUCAGACUGAAUCGAGCUGCAAUUGUUGAUAAAUAAAAUGUCAUGAAUGACUGUUGUGUUAAUUUAAAAAUCUUCUAUCACUCGUCAUCUGUGAAGUGGAGCAAAACUACAUCCCAUUAGUCCUCACUUAAUACUAUCAUCCACAGACACUUUAUUUUGGGCGCAGGAAGGGGUGUUUUUACUGAUUGAUUAAUAUAAGCAGCACAGUACAUUGGUUCAUGUGGUUGUCGUCUCCUAGUCAGGACCCGAAAUAGAUCAAUAUUAAGUAUGCUCUUUACGGAUAAAAAGGAAAAAGAAAAGAAGCAAUGUAGGAGAAUAGUACAGUAUGUGCACAUAGCGGGAAACUGCAAAUUCGUGCAGUGUGAGCAUUACAAAAACUCAAUUUUGAUUUUAAGCUUGUGACAAACACAAACAUCAACACGAUCACUUUAUUUAGCAUUUGUGUAAACACUACGUUCAGAUUCAUCAAUCAGAAUGAAUUCGUUCUGAUUGAAACAAAAGUUGUGCAUGUAAACAUAUCCAUUGUGUAUCGCAACUGUUCAAAACUGGUUUCAAAACAUGUCCGUUUUAAAGGCUAUGCAUUUUCUGCUGUAUGGCACUUUGCAACAACCCACUUUUAAAGGGGACCUAUUAUGCAAAAUUAACUUUUGCAUGGUGUUUGGACAUAAAUGUGUGUUGGCAGUGUGUGUACACAACCACCGUAUAGUGAUAAAAAUCCACCCACUCCUUUUUUUAUCCCCAUAAAUCAUAAGCAGUGUCUCCUAACAAUCUGUUUUCAGCCAUGGUGCUAAUGUGACAUCACAUUAGCCAAAGGCCUCGCCCACGAAUGUUGACAGACACUGCCGUUUUAAUAUAGAACCACCCUGAUUGAGUUCACAGAGAGUUGUACACAGUCCGCCAUUGCUG